UGUCGUGCCGUCUACUCAGUUCUAGCAUGUUUUAAUGUAUUCUUAUGCAUAUGUGUUUAUUAGGAGCCUAUGAUUGAGACGAUUAAAGAAGCAAGCACAUACCUGAAGCCAGUUCCUUAAGUCUUCUUCUUUAAAAAUUAAUUCUUUAAAAAGUGCUGUGGUUCUAUUACUAUGAAGUUCAGGCUUUGUUUAGUCGUAUCGCCGAUCAUUUUUUGUUAUUUUACAAAAUAGAGCUGGCAAGCUUCGUCUAGUCAAGCUAAACAUUUACUUAAUUGCAUGUAUGGUAAUUUGUAUAUUAUGUACUAGAUGGGUAAAACUCGGCAGGAGAAUCCAGUUUCUUCGUUUUCCAAGCUUUGUAGCUCGUUUUUUUAGUUUUUUAAUUUUUUCAAUAAUUUUUUUUAAAAAUUAACUGAAUUUUUUGUCUACGAAGAUUUUAGUUCGGCUCCAUUAACCGAAGUAGUUUUGAAACAAGACACAGGAACAGGACCAAGCCGAGUUGUGAUUUAAGUGGGUACUGCAGUUAGAAAACGCAGGAUUAAGUCCCACACCACCGUGGCAACUAAACGAGAUUCACACGUUAUCCUUUUGAAAAAUAUCUUGCAGAGGCAGGCUAACCGGUUACACCGCUGCGAAGGAUGAAGUUCAACUAUAAAUUUUCCAAUCUUUUGGGGACGGUGUACCGCAAGGGAAACAUCCUAUUUAGUCACGAUGGAAAUUCGGUCGUGUCUCCUGUCGGCAACAGGAUUACAUUAUUUGACCUGCGAAAAUCUAAAGCAGAAACGUUGCCGAUCGAAGCCGACCACAAUUUUACUACGAUUGCCUUGAGUCCCUCGGGAAUUCUUCUAAUCGCGGUUACGGAGGUCGGCGAAUUCUAUAUGAUCAGCAUUGCCUCGCGUUCAGUGAUACAUCGGCGGAACUUCAUGAAACCAAUACGUGCCGUCAAGUUUUCGCCUGACGGUCGGCACAUCGCAAUGACAAAAGAGAACAAAAUCUUUAUUUUCAAAACGCCUGGUCGUACAACUGGCGCAUACGAGGCAUUUAUCAUUGAAAGAGUUUAUCAUUGUUUUGUGGAUGAUACGACAUGCGUUGACUGGAGCUCUGACUCACGGUUCGUGAUUGUGGGCUCACGAGAUAUGACAGUCAAGGUUAUUCCCGUCGUGAAGGUGAAACACUUCAGAAUAAAUACCCUUUCGUCCCAUAGUGAUGAAAUCAUGGCUGUGUUUUUUACCGACAAUAGCCUUGAUUGUUAUACGGUGGCUAGAAACAAUGUACUAUGCGUAUGGCAGUCUAGUGUCGAGCUGGCCGACAUUAAACUCGACAGUGAGACCGGUGAAGCAACAGAAGUGCUCGAUGGCGGUGAUACCAUUGGUCAGGACGAGUUCUUCUAUCGGCGUGAAAAUAAGCACUUUCUAAGAGACACGAUCAAGGCUGAGGGGAUGAUCUCGGUGACAGCUGCGUGCUACAAUCCGAAGACGAGGUACAUGGCUGUUGGGUUCAGUAACGGCGCGUUUACCUUGCUUGAACUACCAGAAUUUAUCAUUAUCCAGUCACUAUCUCUCGAUGACCAUUAUCUCUCAACGGUGGAAUUUAAUUUGACUGGCGAUUGGCUUGCGUUAGCGAGCUCUUCCCGAGGUCAACUAGUUGUUUACGAAUGGCAGAGCGAGGGGUUCGUGCUAAAACAGCAGGGUCACACAAACAAUAUGACUUGUCUUGACUAUUCGCCAUCGGGUCAAUACGUUGUGACUGGUGGAGAUGACGGCAAAGUGAAGAUGUGGAACCUUUCGACGGGUUUUUGCUUCGUUACCUUUUCUGAACACACAAGCGGGGUGUCUGCUGUCAAAUUCACGCAAAAUGGCAAAGUAGUACUGAGUGCUUCUUACGACGGAACUGUACGAGCUACCGACGUCAAACGAUACAGAAACUUCAAGACGUUUACAUCCCCUGAGCCAGUGCAAUUUGUAUCGCUGUGCGUUGAUUCGUCUGGGGAGGUAGUCUGUGCCGGGAGUCAGGACACAUUUGAAGUGUUUGUAUGGUCUAUGCAAACGGGGAGAUUGGUCGAGGUAUUAGCAGGACAUGAAGCUCCUGUAAGCGGAAUCGUGUUCUCACCCGUCGCCCCCUUGCUGAUAAGUUCUAGCUGGGACAAGACCUGUAAAAUUUGGCAGAUGUUUACCUCAAAAGGUACUCGAGAGACGGUACAACUCAGUGCAGAUUGUUUAGCUGUUGAAGUACGUCCGGAUGGAAAAGAGUUUGCGGUCUCCACUUUAGAUGGUUCUAUUACGGUGUUUGACAUAACCACUGCAGGACAGCUGUACAAUAUCGAGGGCCGCUACGAUCUUUACACGGGAAGAAGGGAGGGGGAUCUCGUUACAGCUAAAAGGCUACAAAAGGUGCAAGCGUUUACGACGCUGUGUUACACAGCUGACGGCGAGUGUAUUCUUGCUGCUGGUCGUUCCAAGGUGAUAUGUAUUUAUCAUGUGGCCGAACAAGUGCUACUUCGGCGGUUCGAAGUCACCUGCAACCUUUCGGUUGAUGGAGUUAGUGAUAUGCUCGAUCGCCGGAAACAGACAGAAUUUGGCAAUCUCAAUCUGAUCGAGGAACGUGACGACGAUCCCACAUCACGUGUCAAGAUGCAUCUGCCAGGCAGCAAAAAGCUGGACAACUCAACGCGGACGUAUCGUCCCGAAGUUCGGGUGGCAGCAGUACGGUUCUCCCCAACCGGAAGAGCAUUUUCAGCUGUUACCACCGAAGGUUUACUCAGUUAUUCGCUCGAUGCUUCAUUGGCAUUCGAUCCAUAUGAUCUGGACAUGGACAUCACUGUUGAAAAGGUACGUGAAACUGCUAGCACGGGAAACUGGAACGAAGCUCUCAUGUUGGCCUUCCGAUUGAACGAGAAAUGUUUGCUGCAGGAAGUGUUUGAAGCAAUACCCAUUAGCUGUGCAGAGUUGAUUGCUGGCCAGUUACCACAGGCUUAUGUGGAGAAGCUUUUAUCAUUCUUGGCAGCCGGCUUAGAGGAUACACGUAAGAUUGAAUUGUACCUCCGCUGGAUACAGGCGACGCUUAUGACGCACGGGGAAAGCUUAAAGGAUCGUAGUCCACGGGUAGUGGCCUUGUUAAAAGCAUUGCAAAAAAGCAUUACACUUCGGCAGAGAGACUUGUAUAAGGUGUGCGAGAAAACAAGAUACGCUAUUCAAUACGUUGUUGAAGUAAAUAACAAAUCUAAGCUAGCAUUGGCCAAAAUAAAGGAUGGAGAUAGCGAUAGUGGCGAAACGCCCUUUGAGGAGGAGCAGACCUCACCUCGUUUUUAUGCGGACGAUGAUAAGGAGAUGGAGCGUCCGAAUGAAGAUGCGGCAUCAAUGGAAAUCCCUUAAUUACUUUUGAUGCUUUUUUCGACUAUAACAGGUAUAAAGCCGAUACUAGCCGGUUUAAUUCCAAAAAAUGUAUACUACAAAUUAUGCAUGGAAUCGUUAAGUGGACAGAGGUUCAUUUAACAGGGCUCCGUUCGAGAGAGUUGAUGACUGUCGCCAAUGAUGUACAUAGUUAUACCGAUAGAACACGUGUCACUUAUUGGGUAUAUAUUCAUAAGGCUAUAUUUACUAAAUACAAAAAUAAAGAGCAAGUUAUUUCGUAUAUCUUCUAUUCUCUAGCUCGCUAAUCAACGAAUUGCAAUGGUGAGAUACCGUUGCACGGUACAUUCUCUAUUCUAGAACGCAUGUAAAAAUUAUACAAGAAAUGGUACGAAAGUAUUAUAAUAGGGAUAUAAAUACAACACGAAAAAAAUAUAAGAGAAGUACAAAUAUUAAAAAAAAAAAAAAAAAAAAACUACCAGAAUAUACAUUUAAAGUACAAACAAAACUAAACCACAUAAUCAAUCUGAUUGCUUGCAAAUGUGCUCUAGAAGUCUACGUGCUUAAAUGCCGCAUUGCUAUCGGAUCUUUAAUUGAUUAGUAAAAAUAACUUUUUUAAGGUUUGGUAAUCUUGAUUGGUAAUUUUUUGGGCAGGAUCGAGAUACAUGUACAAAAAACGUCAGUAGCCGUGGCAACAAGGUGUGGAAUUUUCACUAAAUGCAAUAAUAACUAAAAAAAACGGCAUGUUUUCUGUUGCCAUGCUAAUUGUCCAUGGAUCUCUUGAUGGAUUCGAGAUAGCUGGCUGCAUGUAUUUAAUAGUAGCAGAUUCCUUUGAUGUUCAUUGCAAGUACCACCAUCGCUUCACGUCCGAACCAGCGCGACAUUGCCUCUGAAUUUAACUUCGUAGUUAGCGGUAAAAAUUAAACCAUGUCUUGUUCGUCGCGACCGUACGCUCCCGACGUUUUUUUGUACUAAGGUUAGCAAAUUGCGUGUGGAAUACAGCGCACGCAUUCGCUAAAUUUACAGGAGACCCUUUUUUACUUAGUAUUCGCAUUCUCAGUAUUUGAGUUAUAACUUCGUAACACGUCACAUGUGAAAUGCCAACUUGGUUGACGAAGCCCAUAGACUCUAAGUUUAGUUUCUGUGAAAACCAUCUUCGAUUGCAAAAAUGCUUUUGUUCUUCGGAUCCCAACGUCUGGUCAUUUCCGUGCUAGCCUUUUACACUCUAAUCUCUAGCUUUAAUACACUUGAAUCAUUUAUGUACUAUGCUUUCGCCUCCUGUCUAAUGUCUUCUCCAAUCUUCUAAUAAUUUCCGUAGUACUGUGGCCUUCGCGAAACAAAAAUUUGACCAGUGAGCGUUAAAUUUGUAAACAUUUUAUUUUCCAAACUCAUUCUCUAUGGAGUAAACUCAACUUUUAUUUAGUGACGCGUGUUUAAAAAAACUGGAAUAUUUACUAGUAAAAUCUCAACUCCUAGGGACGCUUAAUUGAGAAGUUAUUGAUAAAGAAGUUUGCGGGAUUCAUCUCCGAAAGGCUGAUACAAAACACCGCUUUUCACUUUUUUUCCUUCUAUUUUUGUUUGUGUUUA